AUUACCUAAACAUUAAUUAAACAUUCAAAUUCUCUUGAAUGACAAGUUACGUGACCCGCUAAUGCCGGAAACUAUCAAUCCCCUUUGCGAUAAGUGUUCAACACGCAUUCGUUGCUACGGAUCUGCCAUUAGCUAUCUGCCUUGCACAUUUGAAGAUUUGAAGAAAGAACAUAACUCGAUAGUUUGAGAAAACGAAAUGGAAAAUCUCACCGACAAUCCCAGUGAUCUCGUCUCUAAUAUUGGAAGAAGUAUUUCUCUAAUCACUGAAGAGGGUAUUGCAGAGACAGUGACCAAUUUAUCAAACUUCAUGGAAGAUCAAGUAGCACGAAUAGAACAAACAGUAGAUCAAGCUAAUUUACACUGUGAUCAUGAUAUCGAUCAUGGAACAGAAGCUAAACGAUCUCGUGUUAGUGUUGAGCCAGAGAUUGACGAUAUUCGAGAAAAUAACGAUCAUCUUUUUGAGCUUGAAAAUAAUGCUGAAAGUCAUGAACUUGAAAUACCCGGAUUGCAAGAUGAAUAUUCUACCCUCACAGAAGAUGCCUCAAAUGUUGGAAGUGAAGGAGAAAAUCGCGUUGAAUUUUCAGAGAGCUUGCUAAGGCAGCAUGCAAUGAAAUUGGAUGACUUAUAUCACGACGAACUAAACAAAAUUAACGCGGAAAGUGUAGAAUGUCCAUCAGGAAUGAAUGAAACAGAUAACGAAGAUUCAGAAUUAUUUGACACUUUGGGGAAUCUAGAGAAAAUGAUAGCCGAUAAGGACAACGAAUUCGAAUCAACGAAACAAAACCAGCCUCUGUAUGAAGGUUGCCCAAUAACUGUUGGUAUCAGCACACUUUUGAUCAUGACUGUCGCAAUGCGACAUGGACUGUCUGGAGAAGCACUGAGUGACAUACUCACACUUAUUAGCCUACAUUGCAUGUCACCUAAUUUUUUUACAGAAAAUUUAUACAAGUUCAAACAGCACUUUGCCAAUGUAAAAUCCCCAUUGGUAUUUCAUCAUUACUGUUCACACUGCUUUUUAUACCUCAAAGACAAAACAGUCGAAACUUGUCCAAAUUCUUUAUGCCAGAAAUCGUUAAAAGGCGUCGGAAAGAAAUCAUUUUUUAUUGAAAUUCCUAUUGUGAGUCAACUACAAGAUCUUUUUAAACAGGAUUCUAUUUGGAAAAUAAUUACAACUUAUAGAUUCAACAGAAUAAACCUUAAUGGUUUAGGAGACAUAUACGACGGCGCUUUGUACCGCAAACACUGGGAAUCUGGUUUUCUGAGAGACUAUAGAAAUAUUUCAUUUAUAUACAACACUGAUGGAGUGCCAGUGUUCAAGUCUUCUAAAUACUCUUUGUGGCCAAUAUUUCUUGCAAUAAACGAAUUGCCAUAUAAACAACGCUUCAGCAAAGACAAUAUGUUGUUAGCUGGCAUGUGGUUCGGACCUGAUAAGCCCUUCAUGCUGACAUACUUAAAACCGUUUCAUACAGUUUUUCACCAAUUAGAAACAAGUGGUAUUGACAUUGUAAAUCCAAGCGGAGAGAAAAUAAGCGUUCGUGCAAUUCUGCUAUGCGGAACAUGUGAUUUACCAGCUCGAUGCUUAGUGUGUAACAGCAUACAAUUCAAUGGAUAUUAUGGCUGUUUACGAUGUUUACAAUCAGGAAAAAGUAUACAAACUGCAAAAGGUGGAAAUGUACUUGUGUACCCUUUUAAUGAGACAGACCCAAGUGGCCCAAAAAGGACAAAAGAGGGAUUCAUGAGUGACGCCCAGAAGGCAGUCGUACAGAAAACGAUGAUCAAUGGUGUACGAGGGCCUAGUUGGUUUGCAGCAUUGGAACAUCAUGACAUAAUAUUAGGUACUGCUGUAGAUUACAUGCAUUGCGUCCUAGAAGGGGUCAUGAAGCUUCUAUUAGAGCUUUGGUUUACUUCGAAAGGAGGCCAAGGAGAGCCCUUUAACAUUUCAGAUCGCGUCGAAGAUGCAGAUAAGCGUAUUAGCGAAUUGAAGCCUCCAAAUCGUAUUUCAAGGUGCCCUAGGUCCAUCGAAGGUCAUCGAAAGUAUUGGAAGGCAAACGAACUUAGAGCAUUUCUAUUAUUCUAUGGUGCUAUAGUCCUGAGAGGUAUUCUGCCGGACGUUUACUACGAACACUUCAUGUUAUUUAGCGAAGCUAUAUUUAUAUUAUGUCUAGGUAAUGUCACGCAUGCCCAAAUAGAUCACGCAGAAAGAUUGCUAAAGCACUUUUGUCUAAAAUUUCCAAAAUUGUAUAGUGAGAGAUAUCAAACUGCAAAUUUGCAUGCUCUCCUUCAUUUGGGUGAGGACGUUAGAAACCUUGGUCCACUAUGGACACAUUCCACAUUUCCGUUUGAAAGUCUAAAUGGGGAAAUACUAAAGCUUUUUCAUGGUUCUCAAAAUAUUGUUUUCCAAAUAGUAAGUGCUGUUAACAUAAACAGGGCCCUUCCGGCCUUAUCGAAACUGCUCGUACAAGGAAGUGAUUCUCAUAUUUUUUAUUCUAAAUUGACAGGGACAAGCAUGCCUAAAAAUGAGCUUUGCAUCGCGCCGAAUGUGUUUGCUGUCGGCAAAGUAACUAAUAAGCAGAUGUCUUACGAUGUAUUUCAAGCUAUGACGAGUUUUUUAGGUGCAAUACCAGAGACGACAACCUGCCGAGUUUUCUAUCGACUUAAAAUUGGUAAUGGCAUGUACCACUCUUCAGGCUAUGAGAGGGUACACAGUCGCAAUAGUUAUGUAAUUCAAUACAAUGCUUUGACUAUGAAAAGGGGAAAGAUGGAGACAGUCCAAAAAUUUGCAGCAAUUCGCGAGUAUCUGCAAUAUCAAGCACCCUGUAGUGGCUCCCCAGAUUGCUCUCCGGAAUGCGUGUGUCCGUUUCACAAUGUAGCUAUAAUACAAACCCUUGAGAAAUUGAAUGAAUCUAUUAUUGAGGAUACCCUAACGGGUGGAACAGCAAGUCACGUAACUAUUACGGCAAGGGCAGAAAAAGGGGAAUGUAUUGCAAUUGGCAUUCAUAAUAUUAUACAGAAAUGUAUUUACAUGGAGACAGAUGACUUCCCAGAUAAGGCAUUCGUAUGUGUUUUCCCAAACAUGAUUGAGAAAGACUAGACUAUUGUAGGUGUGGUUUUCAAGAAAAACCCGCAAAAGAAAGUUUUGAAAGUUAUUAGUUAAAAUUAAACGUCACAAUUCCUGAGGUACUGCAUGAUGAAAUGAUGAUGUAUUUAUUACAUAUUAAAAUAAAGUUCUAAUAAGACAAAGAGUCUUAUAAUGUUUCUCU